UUUAGAAAUUUCUCAAGAGUACGGAGUAGUUCAAAACAUAUUUCCAUGGUUUUUAUGUUAAUUUCUCAGACCUGUAUCUAUAAUAAUUAAUAAUAUAUUUCCCACUACUUCCAGCAAUUCGGUAUCUUCAUCUUCAAUUCCGAAAAAUCACUCGUUAUGGAAGAAGACAAGGCAGUGUUGAAGGCAGCAAGUGAGGGGAACAUCUCCAAGUUGCAGGAAUUGAUGGAAGAAAAUCCAAUGUUACUUGACAAUUAUUUAACCCCCUUCAGUAAAACUCCACUCCAUAUUGCAGCCUUAUCUGGGAAAGCAGAGUUCGCAAAGGAGCUGUUGAAGCACGCACCAUGGUUGGUAAAACAGAAGAACAACCGUGAAAAGGGCCUCAAUGCACUCCAUAUGGCUGCAGCUAAAGGUCAUUUUGAACUUGUGAAGAUGCUUUUAGAUUUCGAUGAUGAUAAUGAUAAGCUUUCUCUCAUUGGUGAUGCUCAAGGUUCAACACCCCUUCAUUAUGCUGCUUACUAUGGAAGGGUUGAUGUUGUGAGAUUGUUGUUAACUACAAAUCCAGAACUCGUUAAUUCAAUGGGUGAAACUCCUCUUCGAAUCGCUGAUAAAUGCAAGCAGCGCGAUGUGAUUACUGUGUUUGAUCAACAGGGGGUUGGAUUUACCCAAGGAGAUGCGGUUCAAUUAUUUCUUGCUUCUAAAACUCAGGCACCGGGAGUGUUUCAAGCAUAUUCUCAAAAUUUAGGACAAAGUCGUGAAGAAUGUGGGGCCGACAUUCAGAUGAACUCUCAAGUUGAGGCAAAAUAUGAAGAGAAGAAGAUGGCGAAGGAGGCCAUGCUCGUUGUUGGGGUACUUAUAGCAACAGUGAGUUUUCAGGCACUGAUGAGCCUUCCACAAUCCAUAUGGGAGGACGGUCAGUUACGUGGGAAGUCCUCUAUCUAUUUCCUGGCUUGCAACACAGUAAGUUUUUUUGCUAGUUGCUUUGGCAUCUAUGUUUCUUUAAGAAAGGAUCCAACCAUGAUACUUUUCUGGGUCUCAUCUUCCCUUGUUUGGACUGCUGCAAGUUAUGUUUGUGUUCUGAUAUCCGUGCUGAACAAGAAACAUGUUGCUCAUGAUCUACUUAUCACAUCAAUUGCGAUGGCUGUACCUAAUAUGAUCGUCAGCCUGAUUGUUUAUUCUGAAUCAAUAAAAAAAAUUGUGAAGAAAAUAAAAAGAUAUGCACAAGGAUAAGGGUCAGUCAACAGUUCAUACUUCAUAUGUUUUUGUUAAUAAGUAAUUAGUAUCAAAUUUACUUAGACAUAAGAUUAUGUUUGUAUUAUAAAUCUUGUGCAAUUUCUUCAACAAUGUGUUACUAACCCCAACAUGGUAGAUGAGUCUCGGAUGAUCCCAAACAUAUACGGCAUGGAGUGAUGUGGUAAAAUUGUUAGAGCUUAGUUAUUGUUGGCAGAUUGAUACCUUCAUCAGUUCUUGUUAUAUUAGUGACAAGAUAUCUGAAUUUUGUGGCACCAACAUAUCUAAAGUUUGCGGCAGCAAGAAUCCUUCAUAAUUGAUCCAUAGGAUUUGCUUGAGCGCCAGAUUUUGUUCUAUUAGAAGAAUAUAUUAUGCUGGUUGUAUUCUUAUUUUACGCAUUUUAUUUUAGGGAUACAUUUAUAUAAAUAGAGAUUUAUAGGAGUACUACUUUGUAUUAUAUUUACCACGUUAUUUUUAUUGUGUAUGUUUUGCUUA